CCGUGACCGUACAACCGCCUCGCUGUCUCCCUAAAAAAAUUUCUCUAUAUUCUAGGGUUUCUUGAUAUGAUUACACAAAUAACAAUCACUUAUACCGAAUGGCGCUCAUUUUAAUUUUCGUAGAGCCCUAAUUUUUCUCCUCCUUCUAUUUUUUCGUUUUUAUAAGACGUUUUUAGUGUAAUUUGUUAGCAUGGAUGGAGCUACCAGUAGCACCACGGGCGCUGGCGGUGGUGGCGAUCCACCGAAGGGCAGUGCGCCACCGCAGCCAGCGCCUGUUCAGAACGCGGCAAAUGCGCCGCCUCCGUUUUUGAGCAAGACGUACGACAUGGUGGACGAUCCGGCGACGGACUCGAUCGUGUCUUGGAGCGCGACCGAUAAUAGUUUCGUUGUUUGGAAUCCUCCUGAGUUUGCACGUGACCUCCUUCCAAAGUACUUUAAGCAUAAUAACUUUUCUAGCUUCGUUCGUCAGUUGAACACUUACGGUUUUAGGAAAGUUGAUCCAGAUCGUUGGGAAUUUGCAAAUGAAGGCUUUUUACGUGGUCAAAAACACCUUCUUCGAGGUAUUAGUAGACGAAAACCUGCCCAUGGACAUGGUCAUCAACAGCCACAGCAACCACAUGGACAAAACUCAUCUGUGGGUGCCUGUGUUGAGGUUGGAAAAUUUGGGCUCGAGGAAGAAGUUGAGAGAUUGAAGAGGGACAAGAAUGUGCUUAUGCAGGAACUUGUCAGGUUGAGGCAGCAACAACAAGCUACUGAUGGACAGCUCCAAACCAUGGUGCAGCGUCUUCAGGGAAUGGAACAGCGACAGCAGCAAAUGAUGUCAUUCUUGGCAAAGGCAGUACAGAGCCCUAGUUUCUUAGCUCAGUUUGUACAACAACAAAAUGAUAGUAAUAGACGCUUAACUGAAGUGAACAAAAAGCGUAGGCUCAGGCAAGAAGGUAUUGAUGAUGAUGGUGGUUCUGCAGCUCUUGAUGGACAAAUUGUUAAAUACCAACCUUCAAUGAAUGAGGCUGCAAAAUCAAUGCUCAGGAAGAUCAUGAAAAUGGAGUCUUUUAACAAUAAUCACGAUAAUUUCCUUAUUGGUGAUGGCUCAUCAUCAUCUAAUAUUGGGAGCCCUCUUAGCUGUGCAUCAGGAGUAACGCUUCAAGAGUUUCCCCCGACUUCUGGGCAGUCAUCAUAUGUGCCAGCUGCUUCAAGGAUCUCAAGUCAUGAUCCUUCAGCUUCCAUAUCCGAAUCACAGUCUUCCCCACGUGUCACAUCUUCUGAGAAUAUCACAACUGAAGAAUUUCCUGAUAUUAGUAUGUUGGUUGGAGCUCAAGGGGAACCUUCCAUCCCAAUUUCACAAGGAGACAUAAUUAUGCCUGAAAUACCAGAAAUAACUCCAGAAAGUAUUGUUGAUGUUCCUGGAGACAAUUACAUGUUACCCAAGAUGGGUAAUGGAGAUUAUAUGGAUCCGUCUUCAUUGGUAAUAAAUGGUUCAUUGCCUAUAGAAAUUGACGCACUUUCUCCUGAUCCUGAUAUUGAUGCUUUGCUUGAUGCUUCUAGCUUUUGGGAUGACCUUUUGCAAAGCCCAAAACCUGAGGAUGUUAUAUCAACCUCAGUGGAUGGUAAAACCAAGGGAAAUGAAACACAGCCAACUGAGAAUGGAUGGGACAAAGUUCAGCAUAUGGAUCAACUGACAGAACAAAUGGGUCUUCUUAAUUCUGAUGCAAAAGUGGUUUGAUCUGAGUGCAUAAUUGGAUCUUACUUAAUCUGAGGUAAUGCCUAAAGUUAAACUGGUGAUACUUAUCUGAUAUGUUCCUCCUAUUUUGUUCACUGGAAACAGUUAAUGCCUCUUGUAUCUUUUCGCCCUCUUUUUGUUGUGCUCAUAUUCAGACCUUUAUUUACUCCCUUCUUAUAUUUUGGUCUGUUACCUGGAUUA